AUGGGACGUACACAUAAUACCGGCUCACUGCUGCUUUUGUUUUAUUCCACCAAUUCGCUUCUGCAUUUCGUCGUAAAUGCGAAUCGAGAGUCGCAAGACGAUUCUUUCCUCGUUACAACCACGAACGGCCAGGUGAAGGGAUUUCGUUCGGCGUCAUCUUGCGGCAGAUCCGUACAAGUAUUCUACGGUAUCCCUUACGCCGAGCCGCCCAAUGGCUCGUACCGCUUCCGCCUACCCCGACCGAAACAAAACUGGACCGGUAUCUUCGACGCCACCGUGAUGCCGAACUCUUGCGUGCAGAUUCUCGACGAGACCUUCGGUAACUUCUCCGGGAGCACAAUGUGGAACGCCAACACUCCGAUGAGCGAAGACUGCCUCGCGCUGAACGUCUGGACGCCCGAUCCACGGCCGACCAAGGCGGCGGUGAUGGUGUGGAUCUACGGCGGAGGAUUCUACAGCGGCACCUCGACUCUGGACGUGUACGACGCGCGAACACUCGCGGCUGAAGAAGAGGUCGUCGUCGUCUCCAUGAACUACCGCGUCGCGUCCUUGGGGUUUCUGUAUCUAGGGGACGAACGAGCACCCGGAAACAUGGGACUCUUGGACCAGAGCAUGGCCUUGGAAUGGAUUCAGCGCAACAUUGAACACUUCGGAGGGGAUCCCGGCAGGGUGACGCUGUUCGGGGAGAGUGCCGGAGCCGUGAGCGUGAGUUGGCACCUAUUAUCGGCUACCUCCAGAAGCAUGUUUAGCAACGCCAUCAUGCAGAGCGGAGCACCGAUGGCUCCCUGGGCCUUCAAGAAAGCGGACACGUUACUCGAGACGGCCAAAAACCUGGCAAAAUCUCUUAAGUGCCCGGGUGACAUUGAAAACAACACGACAAUGAUUUGGCUGUGUUUGAUGAACGAGACAGCGGAGAACAUUGUGAGCAACGAGUGGAACUUCGUCAACAACUUUUUGGAGUUUCCGUUCACCCCGGUUGUGGAAGAGGGCAGCGUAAAAGACGUCGUAGAACAAUAUUUCAGAAACGAGACGCUCGAGAAAAAACCCGUUCUGCUCGGUUCGAAUCGAGAAGAGGCCAGUUUUUUUCUCAUCUAUUACCUGCCGUGGCUGAAUGAAACUAAGCCCACAAAAGGAGAUAAUUUUACGGAAACACUGAGGAUGCUUCUUCCAGGCGUGGACAAUUCAACGUUACAAGCCGUCGAGGCCCUCUACAUCGAAGGAGACUCGUCGGAUUACAGAUACGCUUUGGACAAAAUUAUGGGCGACUACCACUUCACGUGUCCGGUGGUUGAUUGGGCCAACCGAUCCGCCGACAUCGACAUCCCGGUGUUCCAGUACUACUUCAAGCACCGCUCGACCGGAAACCCCUGGCCCGAGUGGACCGGAGUCAUGCACGGUGACGAGAUUGCUUUCGAGUUCGGCGUUCCCCUGAACUCGUCGCUGAGUCUCCCGUACGAAGAGGACGAACGGAGACUGAGCCGCCGGAUGAUGAACUACUGGGCCAAUUUCGCCAAGACCGGGGAUCCCAACGUCGACAAACCCGAAAACACUGAAGGGUCGGACCAGACAUUUGCGUCCCCUAACGGCGACCGGAACGACGGCGGAAAAAACGGAGCAUCAUGGAAGCCCGAGGUAAUCUGGCCCAAGUACACGAAGGAGAAAAAUGAAUAUUUGGCACUGGACAUCAACGAAGCGGUGGGCGAGAGACACAGGCAGAAGUACUGCACCUUUUGGAAAACAUACAGCCCGAACGCCCCUGCUUAUGAUGGCUGUUGA